ACUUAGGUAGGGAUUGAAUAAGAAGUGAUUUUUUUCCCCCCUCAUUGCAGUCAAAAGAAGUGAUCCUCCAAUGACAGACACUGCAAGUCAUGCAGGGGGAAGCAAUGUCUUAUCUCAGAUGAGGAUAGUCCUCAUGGGCAGCCGAUACUCAGGCAAGAGUUCAACAGGAAACACCAUCUUGGGCCGCCGCGAUGUGUUUGGAGCCACAACUGAGGAGUGCGUAAGCCAGGAAGGUGUCGUCUUUGGCAGGAAGGUCACCGUGGUGGAGGUCCCCGCCUGGAGGGGCCGCUAUUUCCCCCUGGAGUCCCUGGAGACCAUACAAAGGCGUUUGAGUGACAACCUGUCUCUGUGCCCGCCGGGACCGCACGCGCUGCUCAUGGUCAUCCCACUGGAGACGAUUCGGGGCAAAGAGUGGCUGGUCGAGGAGCUUCUGGAGUACCCAAUCGAGAGCGUCUGGGGCCACACCAUCGUGCUCAUCACGGGGGGAGAUGCACUGGGGGACACCGACAUCGAGACCCUCAUCCACAAAGAGGUUAGGGAGCUUAUGAGACUGUGCGGGAACAGGUACCACGUGAUGGACAACAAGAACUGGGGCGAUGGGCACCAGGUGGAGGUUCUGCUGGAGAAGAUAGAGGAGAUGGUUGCUGCUCAGGGUGGGAGGUGCUUUGAGAUGGAUGAUGAGAUCUCACAAGAGGUGGAGAGGAGAAGAAGAGAGGUGGGGGAGAGAGCAAGGAGGCGGUUGCAGAGGACAGAAAAGAGGAGGAAAACACUUCGAGGGCUUCUCGCAGCAUAUCCUGGUCUCAAGGUGAAGAGACACAGUUUCACUGAGAUCUCAUGGGUUCAGCUGAUCAAUCUCCGAACCUAUAUUUUCUGA